ACAGUGUGCUGCGUUGGAACGACGUUGUAACGAUACUUUGAGCAUGACGGCAAGGUGCCGACUCGCAGCUCGAGAAGCUUGCAUGCAAUCCCAAGGAUUUGCGAAACAGCGUCACCACGAAGUACCGCGCUGUACACUCGAUGGUCUCCGCCGGUGCUGGCCGUUAAGAAAGAAACUAAAGAUGAGCACGCACUCGGCAUGCUCGUUGACCCCUCAUGGCUCUAUUAGCUUACCCGUGGACUGCUGUAUAACGCCUCGUUCGCUAGCAUACAGACCGACAGGCUCUGCGCCUGGAUAAACAGCUGGAAUUGUGCGGCGCUUUGGUGGCGCUAGCAAGGUAGCGUUACAGCGGCUUGGAACUCUCCUCCAUUGAGAUCAAGUACUGACCAGCGAGGAACAUGUACGGC